CAGUAGCGGGCGAUAAGUGACGAAAAUAAAUCUUUUAUUCGAGGAGUGAAAACAUUGGAUGCACUAACGUUCAAGUGAGGUAGAUGCAUAGAAAUUGGCAGCACCAUCUCACUACACCAGUAUCAAGUAUUCGGCGUUGUGUUAUCUCAUUCGGUGGGAAGGUUUGAAAACAAGAUAUGCAGGAAAAUUCGGUAAGUUCUUCUCCGAUUGUUUUAUAUUUGUAAUUUUUAUAGUGGUAAAUAAUACUCUAUGUAUGUUUUAAAUGCACUACCUAGUAUUUUCACAUUAUAUAAUGUUAAAUUUCUAACCUCAAUACUCGCCGUUUUUGUUCGAAACACUCGUAAGAUAGAUAAUGUUUUAGCUACAAAUCGAUUUCACUCGUAUCUUAUCAUUAACUACCGUCAGAUAAACGAUAAAUUUUAUGUACUACCUUCGCGGUGAGAGCUCAGUAUCAUUCAUACCGCAGGAAGACUCACUAUGGUUGACCCAAUCACUACAUGCAAUAUUGCAUAUUACACUGAAGCCUUACAGCCUUACACGAUCUUCUAUUUACGCAAUAUUAUCUGUCAAUGCAAGCUGUAGCUUUAACCAAUGUUAGGGUGAAUAGUAUAGAUAAAUGUAGUGAGUGAAAAGUGUAUUGCAUGAUUCUAACGUGUUGAUUGUUCGUUUGAAGUUACUGCCCCGUAAGGUGAUACAAGUCGAAGCAUAAUGUUGGAUUACCGUGAUGAGUUAGAAUUACAAAAAGAAGCAGACGAAGUGGAACAAUUUGCCAUGACUUCCUUAGGAAAACUAAUAUUUGUAGAUGUACAUUGUAGACAUCCAAAGUCUUUAUCUUCAGAUAAACCAUCUCUAGAUGUUGAUUCUUUAUCACUUGCUUUUGAAAACCUUUUUUAUAUGCCAUUUGAUAUUAUUGAAAAUUACAGUAAUACUCUUCAUACAUUGGAUAUUAGUCAUAAUAAAUUUAAUCGAAACUUACAAUUUUUAGCUGAAUUUGAAAAUUUAACAUCUUUAAACCUAGACCAUAAUAACAUAGAUGACCACACUGUGUUUCCACAUAUGCCAAAACUUCAACUUCUGUGGUUAAAUCAUAAUAAUAUAGAAGAAUUGUAUCCGUUUAUUAAGAAUCUCUAUGAGAGUGUACCGAACCUCAGAUAUUUGUGCCUAAUGGGAAACAAAGCAGCACCAAGCUAUUUAAAUGGUGGCACCUUUUAUGACUAUCUUCAAUACAGGUUAUACGUCAUAUCUUGGUUCCCCCAUUUGGUACAUUUGGAUGAUAGAACAGUGACUCCAGAACAACGUCAGGAAGCCAAAAGGCUAUUCAAGCGACCACUGUUAGAGAAUUUAACUGAGUAUGCUCCUCUUCCAGAAUGCAUUAAACAUCUGCACAAUAAAAUAGCAAAUAUAUUUUCAAAGCCAACACUGCCUUGCAAGUUAAAAUCGAGAGGAACAAACUUUGUUAUUUAAGACAGUAUUACAUUAUUAUUAUGGUCUCACUUGGAAGCUAUUUACUUUUGUUAAAAAUAUUUAUAAAAAAGUACACUUUUCUAUUUUACACGUAAAUAAACACACAGAAGCAACCACAUGGGGCAGUAACAAAGAAGUGUAAAUAAUAUAACAAAUUAACAAUUUAACAAUAUAUACAAUAUUAUUGCCUUCAUUUUUUUAUACUUCAGUUUAUUUCAGUACAAAUAACUUCAUUAACUCUCUUACAUACAGUGAAAAUAUCUAUUAA